AUGUGCAAUCAACGAUUUCCUAUAAAAACAUCACCAUCUCCGUGUGUUGCGCAUACACUGAAUUUGAGUGUCACUGAUGAAUUGAACAGUGGCCCAAAUUUUCAAACUAUUGUUAAAAAAUGUAAAACAAUAGUAGGCCAUUUCAGUCAUAGUGUUUUAGCGUGCAAUAAACUGAAGUCAGUCCAAGAACAAAUGGAAUUUCCAGUUUUGAAGCUGAAACAAGACGUUUCCACCAAAUGGAAUUCCACACUGAUCAUGUUAGAAAGACUAGUAAAAGUGAAGGACGCCUUUUCGAUGACCAUCAUUAGCAUUACUAAGGCACCAGAGUUCUUGGAUGCUGAUGAGUGGGCUGUUGUCGAAGAUAGCAUUUUUCUACUCAAGCCUUUAGAAGUUAUGACAGUAACUUUAUCUGGAGACACGUAUCCAACGAUUUCUAUAGUUAUUCCUCUUGUAAGGGGUCUUCAGCACUCCCUCGUAAAUUGGAAAUCAAAAACAGAUAUUUGUGAUACUCUGAGGACACCAUCACUCGUCGUCUUGGAAUUAUAG